UUGCCGAAUGCGAACGGAACGGAAUCGCCGGAAAAUGCGGCCGGGCUGAAGACAGUGCGAGCGAGUGAGAUAAAGAUAUUCGGCCGAGCAACAGUGAAAAGCGUUUGAAGGGCCAUAGAUACAAGAUAAUGCCCCAUAGAGGAGUCGUCCUCCUCUCCGCCAACCGAUAUGUGAAAAUCACCUAGUGAAGCCAAAGUGAAACCAUCUUGGAGUUGGAAAAAUGCGCACAUUUUAAAGUUCAAAAGUUGGCAGCGAAACAAAGCGGAAUAAGGAAAAGCAAACAAAGAGGAAAAAAUGCGAAAAUUCUUCAGAUGUUGCUCUUUAAUGCAUACGAAAUACUCAAAUAAAUUAUCAUCAGCCUAAUCAACAUCAGCGUUAUUAUCAGCGGGCGGAGGAAAACUUUUCAUUUCGCCAGCGCCAGAGGGUCGAGUUGCCCAAAUGAGCGGGGCGUCAGGAGCGGGAGCAGGUGGCCCAGGUGGAGUGGGCGGCGGUGCCACCCACAUCUUUCGUUCGCUGUCAUCGGAGAGCCAGAAGCGGGAGUGGUCCAAACGGCUCUCCCUCCGGGGAAUGCGUCACGGAGGUCCUGGCGGCACUGGAACUGGAGCGGGAACGGGAACUUCGAGCCUGGCCAGCAGCAAGGAGGAGAGCAAACACAGAAAGUUCUUCAGCCGCUCGGCCUCGUUGCGUCAGGCGGGGAGUGGAGGAGGCGGAAGCCAACAGACCUCCAUGGAGCUGCAUGUGCCCGGCCAGGAGGGCAGGGGCGGCGGUGGGGGAGCCUCCUCCGGAGCGGGCUCACCGCAGACCCAGACCCAGCCGUCGACGCCCAAGAAGUCCAACUGGGAGGUGAUCGAACAUUUCAAUACGAGUGCCAAGGGAGGCAAGGCCAUGGUUAGCAGCAGUUUGAUUGCGGCCGGCAUUACGCGGUGCAAUAUAGACGAAUCCAUGGACUCGACAAACUCCAGCUCCACCUGCCACAGUCCCAUGAUCUACCAACGUGACGAGGCGCAGCUGCUGCAGCCAGGCGAUGCCGCCAAUGUGGAGGCCAACAAUCCGGUUCUGGGCGGCGGAUCCGGAACUGGCAAUGGUCCUGUGAGCCCCAGCAUUUCCUUCUGGUUCCGUUUGAACCGCAUCAUCCUGCGCCUCUGCUCCACGCACCAGUUCAAGAAUCUCCAGGUGGAAAUGCUGUAUCAGCGGUAUUUUCUGCGUAUGAACCAGAGUAAUACGACGCACAUUCUGGCCCUGCUUUUAGCGCUGAUUUUGGCCCUGUCCUGCACCCAUUUGGUCUUUACCACGCUGCAGCUGCGGCGCAGCACCUCCCUGCUGUUGGAAAUCAGCGAACUCGGCCUGGACGCAAAUGCGACCGUUGGCAACUUGACGACCACCACAAUGAAGCCGCCGGCAUCAGCGGGUCAAAUUGCCCAAGGCAGGAGCUUCGUUUCGGCUCUGGGUCUCAAUUCCAAUGCCAGUUGGGUGGCCAGAGAGGCGGAGGGCGGGGGCUCCGAUUUGAAAGCCCCACACAAACGCAACCUCGCCGAUUUUGAAGCCGACGAUAAUGGGCAGCCUGGGCGGCAGUGGCGCCGGCAGAAGCGCAAGCAUUAUCGACGCCUCCACAAACAUCGGUACAAGCACAAGUCGCACCAACAACAUCACAUCAGAUACAGGAUUCGGGAGAAGCGGAGCCUGCAGGACACUGGGUUGGUCAAGGGGGGAGGUGCCCAGCUGAUUGUUGACUCUGCCCCCGAUGAUGUGUACACAGUUUCUCGUGACGACGACGAUGGUGAUGAUGAUGAUGACGGUGAUGAAGGGCGUAAACGCAUUACGUAUACGCCGCGUGUCCGCGACAACAAUCAAAUUUCACAAGCGGAACGUGAUGAAGUGUUAAACACAUCGUCAAACGCCGGCGCUGGACCUGCAACAGAUAAUUUGGACACUCCCUUGGGCUACGGCCCCCUCGUGUCCCUGAUCCUGAUGCAGGUGGACGAGUCCGUGCUGGUUUUCCUCAUUGUCAUGCUAAUCUGCGGGAUUGUCUAUGCCUUCCUGCUGUGCAUUCUCUCCAAGCCGGCCAUGAACGAGAUCUUCCUGGUCCUCGUGUCCUACGUCAUUUUGGGCACCUUCCUGGCAAUCGAGGUGGCCGUCAGCUAUGCCAUGCAACCCAGCAAAUCCUUCAACGGCAGCGCCUGCUGCAUCGUGCUCAUCUACAUGACCUACACGAUGCUGCCCCUCCGCCUGCGGGAGGCUCUGAUCGGCGGCAUCCUCCUGAGUGUCGUCCAUCUGUACACCUGCCUGAGGUUCACCGCCAUGCAGGACGAGGAAGUGGAGGUGCUCCACUGGGAGGAGCUGCUCUGCACUCUGGUGGCCCUGCUCCUGGCCAACCUCACCGGGGUCUACACCCACUGGCCGAAGGAGAAGGCCCAGCGUAAGGCGUUCAUCGAGACGCGGCAGUGCAUCGAGGCCAGGCUGAGGACACAGCGCGAGAAUCAGCAACAGGAGCGCUUGUUGCUGUCGGUGCUGCCUCGUCAUGUGGCCAUGGAGAUGAAGGACGACAUUGCGGGCCAGCCACGUGACACACAGUUCCAUAAGAUAUACAUCCAGCGGCACGAGAACGUCAGCAUCCUUUUUGCGGACAUUUGCGGUUUCACCAGCCUCUCGGAUCAGUGCACCGCCGAGGAAUUGGUGCGUCUGCUGAACGAGCUCUUUGCCCGCUUUGAUCGAUUGGCUGCGGAGCAUCAUUGUCUGCGCAUUAAGCUGCUGGGCGAUUGUUACUACUGCGUCUCCGGGCUGCCAGAACCCCGACCGGAUCACGCCCAUUGUGCCGUCGAAAUGGGACUCGAUAUGAUUGACGCCAUCGCCCUGGUCCGCGAGGUUAUGGCCGUGAAUGUGAACAUGCGAGUGGGCAUCCACACAGGACGGGUGCACUGCGGCGUUUUGGGCCUGGUCAAGUGGCAGUUCGACGUCUGGUCCAACGACGUAACGCUGGCCAACCACAUGGAGAGCGGCGGGAUUCCCGGACGCGUUCACAUAACCAAGGAGACUCUCAAGUGUCUGGAUGGCGAUUACGAAGUGGAGGUCGGCAAGGGUAACGAACGCAAUUCGUAUCUCAAGGAUCAUCAGAUAGAAACGUACCUGAUUGUGCCGGGGGACAUUUACAGGCCGCACAAAAAGUCUCGGAAUCGCCUGCAGGUCAAUGGCAAUAUUUCCAAGGAACUGCGCAUGAUGGGCCAUGGAACGGCCCAGAAGCACACAUCCAAAUUUGGCUUUGGCGACAGUUCGGAGAGCACCAAGGAUCCCGAGGACGAGGUAAACGAGUAUCUAAUGCGAGCCAUCGAUGCCCGCAGCAUUGAUCAUUUGAGGGCCGAGCACUGUCAAUCUCUGCUGCUUUGCUUCAAGGAUAAUGUGCUGGAAAGAAAGUACGCCAGCGAACCGGAUCGCAUGUUGUGUGUUUACUUCUACUGCAGUCUGUUGGUUUUGCUCGGCACCAGCAUAAUGCGGCUGGUGGUGUUCCAGAGCUCCCUGCUGAUUUUGGCCUUGUCCACGGGCGCUCUGCUGCUGCUCGGGCUCCUGGUAUUUCUGGUGGCAUGUCAUAAAAUCAACUUUCAGCUGCCAUCGGACAUCAAACGCUUCUCAUUGCGCAUUCAUAGCAAUCGCAGGAUAUCGCAGUUUUUCGCCUUUGCGAGUGUCGCCCUGAUAGUCCUCACCACUCUGUUGGCCAUGUUUCAGGAAUCCUCCCGCCAACUGGAGUUGCUCCAGAGGAAGCGCUUUUGGCUGGACGUAAACGAGGCUGUGAGUCUGAAUGCCACGGAGUUCAACACGGAGAUAUAUGCCCCCGAGGAACCCGAGUGCGAUUUCUAUCUGGCCUACAAUACGUUCCUCCUGCUCACGCUGCUCUCGAUGAUGAGCUGUGCCACCUACCAAGUGCUGCGGAUCCUGCUGAAGCUGCUGCUGCUCCUCCUGGCCUCCGGCAGCUACAUGGCCUGCUCCACCUACUUGUACUCGCGCAGCCGGGAAAUAAGCCAGGAGUUGGCGAACGAGGAGGCCCUGCUGCGCUACAUAAUUGAUUCCAUAUUCCUGUUCGCCUUUAUGCUGGCCCUGAUUUUCCACAGCCACCAGACGGAGGCCACUUACCGCCUGGACUUUAUUUGGAAGCUGCAGGCCACGGAGGAAAAGGAGGAUAUGGAGCACCUGCAGGCUUAUAACCGUAAACUGCUCGAAAACAUUCUGCCCGUUCACGUAGCCGAACAUUUUCUGAGCCGCGAAAAGCACCUUGACGACCUUUACCACGAGCAAUGCGACUCGGUGUGCAUUUUGUUCGCCAGCAUUCCCAACUUUUCCGAGUUCUACGUGGAACUGGAGGGCAACAACGAGGGCGUGGAGUGCCUGCGACUGCUCAACGAGAUUAUCGCCGACUUCGACGAGCUGCUCAGCGAGGAGCGCUUCCGCUGCAUCGAGAAAAUCAAGAGCACGGGCGCCACUUACAUGGCCGCAUCCGGAUUGACGGCGAACACCUGCGACCGGGUGAACUUCAGCCACGUGACCGCCAUGGCCGACUACGCCCUCCAGCUGUUCGACAAGAUCGAGGAGGUCAACAUGCACUCCUUCAACAACUUUCGGAUGCGAAUAGGGAUUAAUAUUGGUCCUGUGGUGGCUGGGGUCAUUGGAGCCUGCAAGCCGCAAUAUGACAUUUGGGGCAAUGCCGUCAACGUGGCCUCGCGAAUGGACUCCACAGGUCUCGUGGAUCACAUCCAGGUGACUCAGGAGAUGCAGCAGAUUCUCGAGGGGCGCGGCUUCGAGCUCACCUGUCGCGGCAGCGUGGAUGUGAAGGGCAAGGGCUCCAUGAUCACCUACUUCCUGAAGGGCAAGAAGCCCAUCGAGGUGAAGGAGGACCUGGCCAAGGCCGAGAUUGAGCCGCCCAAGACCUUGACUUUGGUCUCCAAGGAGCCGGAGAAGUUGGCGGGGCAGCCGCAGGAGCAGACCAAGGAGGACUCUGUGGAGCAGGAGGACGACGAUUUGCUGCCCUCGCCGGACAUCGACAUGAACUCCAAUAUGCAGAAUCUGACGGCGCAGCGGAGGAAGUCCCUCUGCCGACAGCACAACAUAUCCUCCUCCUUCGGCACUACGGUGAGCAGUUCCACAGGUAUCACGCCCAGCAUUUCGAACAGCUCCAGUGUGGUGACCAUCGGCGCCCUGCCCGCCAUCCUGCGAGGCGGUAAUCCCAGCUCGAAUCCCAAUCCCACGGCCACCGACAGUUGCUCGGAGUGCGGAGGAGCCAGCAAGUCCCUGGCCACGCCCACUGCUCAGCCCAGGACACUGGUGGCCGAACUCAAGGACGAGAUAGCCCGCGACGAGAAGAUGGGCCUGAAGGACUCCAUUGAGAAUCUGGAGAUUCUGCUGAAGAACAACAUCAGCCUGUCGGAUCUGAGCAACAAGCAGCAGCAGAAUCUCCGCGGUGAGACGAGCAGUUCGACCACCACCACGCUGCGGAAGAGGGACACCAUUGUGAGCUUCAAUGUGACGGAGACGGUGACCACCACGGCCACGCCCUACUCCUCCUCCUCGGGCUCGUCCAACUCGUCGGCGCAGCCGAAGAAGCGCCGCUCGGUGACCACCAUUGCGGCCAGUUUCACCACUUCGACCACCACCACGCGACUGCUGUCCAACGAGAGCCAGAGCUCCACGCAGACGGCGCCGGGAACCCUGGAGAGCGGCGGCGGCGGCGGCGGCGGCUCCUCCUCGAUGCCCGGCCAAUCCUCCACGGAGAACUCGUCGCAGGACUGGCAGCCCCGCACCGCCUCCCUGGAACCCAAUCGCAGCCCCAUCAAGACCUCGCAGUCCAUGAGCCCCAUCGGCCAGCUGACCACCGAGGUCUUUGUCCUGCCCAACAGCCGGAGCAUGGUGCUCAUCAGCAGCAGCAGCGCGAACGGUUUGGGUUCCGGAAUGGGUGGCGGGGGCAGUAGCCCGAGGGCAGGACUCCUCCAGGAUGUCAGCACGUAGAGGAUGCGCAGGCAGCCGUGUAAAUAUGUACAAAACCGCCGGCACUUAGCUGAGGCCUAGGUUCCUCUAAGUAGUAGCAGUAACACUAAAGGUAAGGGUAAGGUAAGGAUAAAGGUAAGGAUAAAGUAAGGAAUGUGGUAAGGAUAAGGAGGGGUAGCUUGAUGAUUGAUUGGGCCUGCCAGUAUUUAGUACAGUCGAACUGCUGAAGCUGGAUACUAAAUCACAACAAUCUGUAAACAAAUAAAAUGUUGUCUUAAAAAUAUUCAAUACAAAUAUCUAAAUAAAAAAAUAUUUAACCA